GAGAGGGGGUCCAGUCCUGACCCGACCCUCCACCGCCAGCUGUGGCGUCACCUGGAAGUAGUCAUGUUGGGCGGGAUGACCCGGGAACAACAAGAUGGCGGAGAGUUUCGGACGUUGGUUGAGUAACGCAGACUUCAGCCCGUUGCACCGGUGAAACAGCCGCAUGUGGCUCAACAACAAAGAGGAAUUCAGUAUGAAUCUCCAGCAGCCUGCACCUCUCAUCCCCCCCGUCCACCCUGACGUGCAGAUGAAGCCGCUGCCCUUCUAUGACGUGCUGGACGUCCUGAUCAAGCCUUCAAGUCUAGGAGCGAGUCCUGCACAAAGGCACCACCAAGAAAAAUAUUUCAUCUUUGCCUUGACGCCACAGCAAGUUCGGGAGGUGUGCAUAUCCAGGGACUUUCUACCAGGUGGCCGAAGGGACUAUAUGGUUCAGAUUCAGCUGAGGUUUUGCUUGUCAGAAACAAGUUGCCCUCAAGAGGAUAACUACCCAAACAGUCUUUGUAUAAAGGUUAAUGGGAAACUUUUUCCUCUGCCAGGUUAUGCACCGCCACCGAAAAACGGCGUGGAACAGAAGAGACCAGGAAGAUCUCUAAACAUCACCUCUCUUGUCCGACUCUCUUCCGCGGUCCCCAAUCAGAUUUCAGUCACGUGGGCGCCUGAAAUUGGCAAAACCUACUCCAUGUCUGUGUACCUGGUGAGGCAGCUGACGUCCCCGCUGCUGCUGCAGAGGCUGAGGAUGAAGGGCAUCAGGAACCCGGACCACUCCAGAGCGCUAAUUAAAGAGAAGCUGACGGCAGAUCCGGACAGCGAGGUGGCCACAACAAGCCUGCGAGUCUCACUCAUGUGCCCGCUGGGUAAGAUGCGGCUGACGGCGCCGUGCCGGGCCGUAACCUGCUCCCACCUGCAGUGUUUUGACGCCGCCCUCUACCUGCAGAUGAACGAAAAGAAGCCCACCUGGAUCUGUCCCGUGUGCGACAAGAAGGCCGCGUAUGAGAGUCUCAUCAUCGACGGUUUGUUCUUGGAGAUCCUGAACGACUGCUCCGAUGUGGAUGAAAUCAAGUUCCAGGAGGACGGAACUUGGUGUCCCAUGAGACCAAAGAAAGAAGCUGUCAAAGUCUCCUCUCAGUCGGUUCCCAAAAUUGAGACCUCGGCUCCUUUACGCCAGUCAUCAGCGGUGCCUCACUCUACUGAGCCCAGCACCGCCAAGAAGGCCGACGUGAUCGACCUGACCCUGGAGAGCUCCUCGUCCUCCUCGGACGAAGAGGACUCAGACCCUCCGCUGAAGAAACGCUGUGUUUACAUUUGCAAGAACGAGGAGAUGCAUGCAAAGGGAGUGCUGACCUACCAGCCCACCGUGCGCGUGCCCAACGUCCAGGCCCUGGACCCGUCGUACCUGACCUCCACGCUGGCCGACUAUGCAGUCCCCUUCCACCCGUCCACCCUGGCCAGCAUCCCAACAGACAUGCAGAGUCUGGAUUUCUUUUCCUUAAUUCAAGGAGAUCCUCAGAUCAACUCGUUUUUCCCCGAGCAGCACUACCGGCCUCAGAUGUUCCUGGACAACCUGACCAGCAGCAUGCAGAGUGCGGCCAGCACCAGCUCGGCCCUGGUCUCCUCCUCCAGCAGCCACUACGACACCGGCGGCCACGAGACUCGGGUCAUCACGGGAGGAGGAGGGACGGACAGCGGCAUAUCGGAUAUUAUUUCACUAGACUGAGCCACGUCUCACUGGACCUCUUUUCCCGCAAUCUUUUUUUAGUGCGGACUACAUGUACAUACCUUUUUUUUUUAUACCUAGAAGCACUCAAAUUGGUAUAAAUGAGCACUUUGAUGGCCUGAACAUUUUUACAAUCUGCAUUUGGGGAAAUACUUGUGUGUGCUGUCGUAAUUGCAGUAUUUAAAUCACAUGAGAUCAAACCAAUGAUUUAGUUAGUCUUUGACUAGUCCAUCCGUAUACAGGUGUAGAAAUAUUUUGAGAACCCUUCCUCCCUGGCAGAAGGAUAAAUGUCUGUAACCCUUUCCCCCCAGUUGUUCUGGUAUUGGAAGUAUUAAGGUCAUUGAAGUCAUCCUUUAUACCAAUUAGUUUACUUGCACUUGGUGUGCGUCUUCACCAGUCGGGGCGGGUGGAGGGGGAGCCCGGCGCUCUCACCCUGGUACAAAGUGGGGAGGCCCCACGGUGAAAGACUUGUGGACUGACGGACAUGCUGUCCACUGUGACCAGCGCGCGCACAGCAGGGACUGGAAACGCUUUCAUUUGGUUCUCAAACGCUCAGCCAUUACUUCAACGAGGUUUGUCACGGGGCAGCUCUCACGUCACGCUGACGGAAAAUGUUUAGUCGGAGCAAUAAUCAUUGAUCUAGUGCUGGGUUGAAUCAUGUUGUAAAUGUAAUUCAGCACCACUCUCUGACUCCUGAAUCCGCUGCCGGGCCUUUACAUGCAGCCACUCUAUUUACUCGAAGGAGUUGCAAACGUGCCGUUUGUUUUAGGUCAAAUCUUUUCCUUUCAGACAUGGAGGGGUUCAGGUGCAUCGUGUGUCAGCACAGACCCCGUAUCUGGACCUGGUCGGCCUAUCGCAGCGAAGCGGCUUCGUCGUUAUCUCCUUUAUCGGCUGUUCUGAAAGGAAAACGCACGCGUCUCCUUCCCCUUACAAAUGUGUGCAUCAGCUUUUACUAGCGUGAGACGGUUUAGAGGAUUUAUGACAUAAUGUGAAAUGAGGGUUUGUUUGGUUCAUGUUGCCAAAGGUGUGAUCUUUAGUUAACAUUUUUCUUAAAAUCCACUGUAACUCUUCUGAACUCUGGCCUCCACUGUGCUUUUGAUUUUGUCGCGUUUCAUUUUGAUGCAACGUGAUAUCGGCGGAUACUCUGCGGAAAUACCUAAAAGAGCGCUUUCUCACAGGUCAAAGCAAGCUGUGUAGACGAAGGACGACCAACGGGGCAGCUGCUGCAUCCUAACCGUCUCUCGCUAGAUCGCUGACUCCCGGCCACCAGGAGCUAAAUAUCAGGGACCUGAACUUCACUUCUCGGGACUCGGUGGCCCGCGCAAAAUCAAUGACUCAUCGAAGCGAUGCUGCCAGUAUCUGAAACACGGAAAGAUUUUAGGCCAGUGUAUUUAUUAAAUUCAAACUUUCCAAUGGAGGGUGGCAGUUAAGUGUACACGUUAAAAGAAAUUUGAAAACUGAAAAAUAUCAAUUGUUUUUAAAUCAGUUCGUACCUUGAGUUCUUUCUUUCUCAAAGGCCUCAAUAACCAGAACAUUUUUGGUAAAAUAAAGUGAAUGGUUUCAGAGAAAAGUCACCACACUCAUCUAGUGGUAUCUGAUCACAUUUAGUCACCACUGAAUUAAGUUAACUUAAAACCAGCCUAUUCCUUAGGUCUCUGCUUGAAUUGCAUUUAUUUUUAAAAGAUUAUACCUUUUUACCUAUUUUUGUGAUGUAAUAGAAGGCAAAACCUAUGAGAUUUAUUCAGACGUGUUAAUAUUAGUGUAUGUGUUACUGGUUAAGAGUAAAUGAAGAUGUCACACAGCAGAAAUAAAAGUUUUCAGGUUUGCAAAAAAAGAAACACCUUCAGAAGGUUUACCCCUUUGGAAUGAUGCAGACGCAGCUUUAAACCUCACCCAAAUUGUAGCUCCCACAUCACAUGCAUUAUAGUCUUUCUAUCCAGGGAGAAGGAUCCCUCCUCCUUUUUCUCCAUCAAAGGGUUUUCAUUUUUUGGGGAGUUUUUCCCGUGCCGAUGUGAGGUUUUUGGGGACAGGAUGUUGCAUGUGUACAUAGGAGGACACUCUGCAAAGAUUGACUCUGAUUAAGUGAAGCAGAAGAACAUUAAGGCAUAAAUGUCACUUAUGGUAUUCAAUACACCCAAAUACCUUAAUUUGGGCCUUUAAUAAAAGUAAUAUAUAUAUAUAUUUGCAUCAGUCGCAACAAUAAAAUGCAGAAAAACCCCACUAAAACAAACUUUCAUAAAUACACAUACAACUUACUGUCUGUUGUGCCACUGCUUAAAAGCAGUUCUAUUUUAAGGUGAGGCAGAGAUGAGCAGUGCAGUUUUUGCAAUAAAACGCUGUCUUGAUCCUGUGCGUUCCAGCAUCGUGGCACCUCUUACAGUAUUACUACUUUUCCCGUCUUCUUGCGUCUCAUGACGCAUGCAAGAGGUAGAGGGCAAGGUGCUUGAGCAGCGCCUUCAUCACCUGCUCCCCGAGGGCCUUGUUGGUCAAUGGCUUAGCCUGGGUCGGGUCUUGCCUCAGCUUGAACAGCUCAAUGUGGAACAGAUGGCUGUUCACUACUGCAAUGUCAAUGAAGUGAUAAAGAAAUGUCCUAUACCACGUCAUUGGCUAUUACGGCGUGCACCACAAAACAAUCAGCGCAUCACAAGUCUGCAGGACCUUUGUUUUUCAGGGGACCAGUGGUGGUCCUCUGUGCUGUGCAGGCUAGAUGUUGAGAUGAAAGUAGCCUAGCAGCUAGCUUAGCAUAAUAUACGUGUGACUACAAAUAUAAAUAAUGUUCUCUCAAUUAACUAGAUAAAAGUAGGGCUCCAUUCAGGACCAACCCUUUUGUCGACCAAGGCGACCGCCCAACGUAAAAUCUGUCCAAACUGGUACAAAGGGACGAAAACGAAGAAAAGCAGCAGGAGAAGAAAGUCUGCAUGCAAAUGCAAAUAAACAUCUGCAUUUGACUCUUCCUGUCAGUUAAUUAA